GUGCUGGCCAUCGAGCCCCAGGAUCUUGAGUUCAGGUGGAACUACAAGUACCGUGAGGCCAAGUGGUUCGGUGCUAGAGAGGAGGAGGAAGAGGACGGCAACAGGAAAAGAGGCGAAAGAAAGAUGGUGCUUUGCCUUGCCUGCCGGUAGUUGUAGUUUUAUCUGGAUCUCCUUCGUCGUCUUACCCACUCUGCAGCCCAAGCCAAAGAGUCUGAGAGACCACAUUUCCUAGGAUGCCCUGCGGUGCGUCCUGCUGCACUUUCUCCUUAGGCGGCGGGGAGGCUUCAGUAAAUCUUGGUAAAAACAGAGUGAAAGGCAGUGGGAGUCGAAGCAGAGGGUCUGAAGUUCACGACUAUAGAAGGGGAGGGGAGUGGAAAGGCUCUCAGUGAAAAAGGUGCGGUGGCUCACACCUGUAAUCCCAGCACUUUUGGAGGCUAAGGCAGUUGGAUCACGAGGUCAGGAGAUCAAGACCAUCCUGGCUAACACGGUAUAAAAUAAUUUCUGAAUUAUCAGUCUCUCAUUUAUGCUUUGGGGAAGCAGAAAAAGCAAAAGCGUCUUUGGCCAUCUUCUGCUGGAGCUUUCAGGGAGGAUGUGUCUGCAAGAGACCAGAUGUGCUGGGUUUCAAGUCCCGGAAGCCCAAGGGAAAAAAGAACUGCAGGGAGGAAAAGACUGUGCAGAGGCUUCUGGAGUCUUCUCUGCUCUAACCUUGGAAGGGUUUGAACAAUGUUUCUCGGAGGAUGGCCUUUCACUUACUCAUCUGUCCAGCAUAACUCAUCCCCAGGAGUGUUGAGUAGAGUCUCACUCUGUCACACAGGCUGGAGUUCACAGCAGCCUCUGCCUCUGGGGUUCAAAUGAUUCUCCUGCCUCAGCCUCCCAAGCAGCUAGGAUUACAGGUUGCAUGAUGGAAUUUGAACAUUACUUCAAGAGGUUUUAUAUUUUGGAUUAGCUAAUCGGGGUUGUCCUCUGCUGACUGUUUCUUCGGACGCAGCUUUUGGUGUGCUUUUGAGGCAUUAAAUGCAAAGAGAUCAUACCAUGGACUACAAGGAAAGCUGCCCAAGUGUAAGCAUUCCCAGCUCUGAUGAACACAGAGAGAAAAAGAAGAGGUUUACUGUUUAUAAAGUUCUGGUUUCAGUGGGAAGGAGUGAAUGGUUUGUCUUCAGGAGAUACGCAGAGUUUGAUAAACUUUACAACACUUUAAAAAAACAGUUUCCUGCUAUGGCCCUGAAGAUUCCUGCCAAGAGAAUAUUUGGUGAUAAUUUUGAUCCAGAUUUUAUUAAACAAAGACGAGCAGGACUAAAUGAAUUCAUUCAGAACCUAGUUAGGCAUCCAGAACUUUAUAACCAUCCAGAUGUCAGAGCAUUCCUUCAAAUGGAUAGUCCAAAACACCAGUCGGAUCCAUCUGAAGAUGAGGAUGAAAGAAGUUCUCAGAAGCUACACUCUACCUCACAGAACAUCAACUUGGGACCAUCUGGAAAUCCUCAUGCCAAACCAACUGACUUUGAUUUCUUAAAAGUUAUUGGAAAAGGCAGCUUUGGCAAGGUUCUUCUUGCAAAACGAAAACUGGAUGGAAAAUUUUAUGCUGUCAAAGUGUUACAGAAGAAAAUAGUUCUCAACAGAAAAGAGCAAAAACAUAUUAUGGCUGAACGUAAUGUGCUCUUGAAAAACGUGAAACAUCCAUUUUUGGUUGGGUUGCAUUAUUCAUUCCAAACAGCCGAAAAGCUUUAUUUUGUUCUGGAUUUUGUUAAUGGAGGGGAGCUUUUUUUCCACUUGCAAAGAGAACGGUCCUUUCCUGAGCACAGAGCUAGGUUUUAUACUGCUGAAAUUGCUAGUGCAUUGGGUUACUUACACUCCAUCAAAAUAGUGUACAGAGACUUGAAACCAGAAAAUAUUCUUUUGGAUUCAGUGGGACAUGUUGUCUUAACAGAUUUUGGGCUUUGCAAAGAAGGAAUUGCUAUUUCUGACACCACUACCACAUUUUGUGGGACACCAGAGUACCUUGCACCUGAAGUAAUUAGAAAACAGCCCUAUGACAAUACUGUGGAUUGGUGGUGCCUUGGUGCUGUGCUGUAUGAAAUGCUGUAUGGAUUGCCUCCUUUUUAUUGCCGAGACGUUGCUGAGAUGUAUGACAAUAUCCUUCACAAACCUCUAAGUUUGAGGCCAGGAGUAAGCCUUACAGCCUGGUCCAUUCUGGAAGAACUACUAGAAAAAGACAGGCAAAAUCGACUUGGUGCCAAGGAAGACUUUCUUGAAAUUCAGAAUCAUCCUUUUUUUGAAUCACUCAGCUGGGCUGACCUUGUACAAAAGAAGAUUCCACCACCAUUUAAUCCUAAUGUGGCUGGACCAGAUGAUAUCAGAAACUUUGACACAGCAUUUACAGAAGAAACAGUUCCAUAUUCCGUGUGUGUAUCUUCUGACUAUUCUAUAGUGAAUGCCAGUGUAUUGGAGGCAGAUGAUGCAUUUGUUGGUUUCUCUUAUGCACCUCCUUCAGAAGACUUAUUUUUGUGAACAGUUUGCCAUUCAGAAACUAUGGAGCAAAAUAAGUCUAUAGAUGGGACUGAAGCUUCUAUUUGUGUGGAUAUAUUCAAAUAUAUAUAACUAGUGCCUCAUUUUUACAUGUAAUGACGAAAACUAUGAAAAAAAUGUAUUUUCUGCUACUUGCAAGAAAAAUAGGGCAUUUUAAAGAGCUGUUUUGAUUAAAAUUUAUAUUGUUUAGUAAGUUUAUUUUUAAACAAAAUUUAAAAGUUAUUAUUCUUAGCAUUAACCUAUUUUUAAAGAAAACUGUUUUGCAGUUGACUGUUUUUUCCCUCUAAGUUUACACUAACAUCUACCCAAGAUAGACUGUUUUUAACAGUCAAUUUCAGUUCAGCUAACAUUAAUACCUUUGUAACUCUCUACUAUGACUUUUGUUAUCACAUCAAAACUAUGCAAUUGGUACAUGGUUGUUUAAGAAGACAUCAUAUUUUUCCAUGAUAAAUCACUAUUUGAAAUACUUGGUUCAUGGUAUGAUUAAAAUGUAAAAGCAUAAUUAAUGCAUUGGCUGCUAGUUAACACUUGGAGUAACUUUAUUCUGCAGAUUAUUUAAGAAGUAACAAAAGGAAAUUAUUUGUUUUUGAAAUACCAGUUCAACUUUGUGGAUUAUUUUUCCUCAGAAGGAAAAGAAAAAGUUUAAUGGUUAGGAAUUUUAAGUAUUCCCAAAGAUCUGAAGGGUAAUAAAAUGUACUGCUGGAUUUUUUAAGGUGGUACCAAAAACAUCUAUCUCUCUGUCAUAUAUUCAUAUUACAAAUAUAUUCUAUUUAUGUUCUAUUCAUCUUUUGAAUGUUUAGUAUGCUAUUAAGUCAUUCUAAAUUUUUGUAUUUGCUUUUGCAAAUAGGUAUUUCAAAGCUCUUUUCCUAAUGGGUUAAGUAAAAUAAAAAAUUGAGCUUUCUAGAGUAUUUGCCUAAUUGGGAAUUAAAAAGUAAAAUAACAGGCCAGGCACGGUGGCUAAUGCCUAUAUCCCAGCACCCUAGGAGGCUGAGGCAGGCAGAUUAUUUGAGCUCAGGAGUUUGAGACCAGCCUGGGCAACAUGGUGAAACCCUAUCUCUACAAAAAAUACAAAAAUUAGCCAGACAUGGUGGCACGUGCCUUUAGUCCCAGCUACUCUGGAGGCUGAAGUGGGAGGAUGGCUUGGGAGGUUGCAGUGAACUGAAAUCCUGCCACUGCACUUCAGCCUGGGUGCCAGAGCAUGACCCUAUUAAAAAAAAAAAAAAAGUAAAAACAAAUUGUGAGUCAACAUAAAUGUAUAUAGUUUUAUUACAAUGUAACAAAAGUUAAAAAUCAGACAGUAUCCAAUUCUAUAUAUCUUAGAAAAAGUACAGGAAACAGACCUUAAAAUCGUAACUUACCAACUAACUUAUAGGCUUAUAAAAGUAAAGGAGAAUAACUGGCUGGCAUGGUGGCUCAUGCCUAUAAAAUCCCAGCACUUUGGGAGGCUGAGGCAGGAGGAUCACUUGAGCCCAGGAGUUCAAGACCAGCCUGGGCAAUGUGGUGAUACCUCAUUUCUAUUCAUUUAUUUUUUUUUUUUAAAAAAAGAGAGAAUUAACUACAGAAGAACUUUAAAAAAUUAAAAUAAGCUUACCUUGGAAUUUUGAUUCUUGGAUUAGAGUAGAGGUAUGUUUAAGUUAUGUAGGAAACAUUCUUGUAAAAGUUUAAUGACCCACUUUAGAUGCUCCAAGAACAAGCAUCCCUUUCCAUGUUUGUCUUGAGAAAGAAAUCAUGAAAGCAUUUCUCACCAAUACUCUUUGGCUUAAAAAUGUUCAGAAUUGGGCAGCGGGGGUGUCAGUGUGCUUUUCUUACAUUAAUAAUAUUUAUAUCCAAUACACUGAAUCUUCCUUUAGAGGUAAGACUUUAAUAUCUACACUGUAAAUAUUUGAUUUAUUUGGCACUACUGUAAGUUUCGCUUUUACACAAAGCUCUUUGCUUAUUAUAAAGCAAAAUAAAAAUUGUAGUUUCUUGUUUGAUUUUUUUGUACUCAUUCAUUCCUCAGUUAAGCUGCCAAAAAUAAAAGUGCAAUAUUGUAUAUUUUUAAGAACAAAUUUAAAAUAGAAUUUUGAUAUUUCUGAGAUCACAAGAUAUACAAAUCUAUAUAAUAUAAUAAAAUCAAUGAAAAGAU